AUGGCACAACCGAGCACUAACAAGAUUCAGGCAGCUCUCUUAGCUAAAUUAGAAGAAUCACGUCAACAGUAUCCUGGCGAUGAUUCACAAGCAAUUUAUAUUUUACCUGAUGUUUAUAAUAAUGAUGAUGGACGAAUUGAACAAUGUUUACAAGAAGAAAAGAAAACUCACGCAGGCGAACGCACCGUACUUAUUCCCUAUUUUUUGGAGAAUUUCUAUUGGACGGCACUUUUGAUCGAGUUUCAAUCGAACGGACAGAUCGAACGAGCCGAAUUCAUCGAUCCAAAGAAUGAGAUUGAUCACGUAGCACAUCGAUUACAAACGGAAUUUACUAAAGUUUAUCCAGAUAAAAUUUUACAAAUAAAAACUUCGCCAACAACAAACAGCAAUUCGACGUCAAUUGUGGAUGUUUUACUUAUAGCUGCAAAUAUUCGGCUUCCAAUAGACAUAAAUCAUCAAAAAGAAGGUAAUGAAUAUGAACUUGCAGAAUUGAAAGAAAAAUUAGAAAAGGAUUUGAAAAGUUACAGUUUGCAGAAUGUUGAUGAACUACAGACUGAAAUAGAAGAUACAAAAGCACGAAUAGAGAAAUUUCGAGGAAAGCGUAGAAACACAGAUGCUCAGAAUGAAGUCGAAUUUUUAAGUAAACUUCAAAAACUGCAACAACUAGCAGAUCAGAUAGAUAGAUGGGUCUCGAAUACUUCCAUAUCUUCCGAGAAUCACACAUUGAAGCUUCAGAAAUUGCAAGAAAACUUAAAUCGUGGUUUGAUCAAGUUCAAUCUUCAGAAUGCAAGCGAAUUGCCAGAAGAAAUACGCGACACCGAAGAACGAAUUCGGCAGUUUCAGAAACGAAAUCGAAAAGAAGAUGUGCAGAAAGAACUGAUCAUGUUACAUGAAUUGCAAGAGCUACAAAAGUUUUCCGAAGAAAUGCGUAGUCUAACAUUUGUUUCCUCUGUAUCAACUAUUCAACCCUCUCAACCAGUAGUUUCAUCGAUUACUGAAAACACGAUAAUACAUAAGGAACAAACGAGAAGUUUAUAUUCUGAAGAUCUACGCCGCGACACAUCUAUAAUGCCAUUUUGUGCAGAAAAACUCAUCAUGGAGCUUUUAAUCUAUUACGAGGAAAGAUUAUCAGAAAAUUGUGCGUCUGUACAAGAGGAAAAUUUAGAAACUUCUCCGCGACAAACCCUACGGGAUCAAAUUAAGAAAGAAGAAUUACUUACAGUAGAAAUCCAAACUAUUCUUCAAAAUAUCGAGAUCCACCAAUCGAGCAACAACCCUCAAUUAGUCAUUCACCACUUGAACAUACUUUUAAAGAAAAUUCGACCAUUAAAUGUUCGAGAAAUCCGAAGACUUGUCAGCGAAGCAGAAAAGACGGCCGAAUUAAUUAAAGAUCAGGAUAUUGUUUUAUUGAUAGGCGAUACCGGCUCAGGAAAAUCGACCACGAUUCAAUUCCUUGCUGGUUGUAAGAUGAUACAGACUAAAGCUGAAGUCGCCCCUGGCAAAUUUCUUGACCAUAUUACUAUGGAUGGAGUUCCGACAAAUCCCCAACUGAAGAAGAUUCGAAGUAGUGCAUCACAUAAAUCCGAAACGCGUUAUAUCGCACCUGUUACAGUACAGUUGAAAGAUGUUUUGGGUCCACAUGAGACUGGAGUGAUUACUCUAUGCGAUGCGCCAGGUUUUGGCGAUACAGCCGGCCCAGAAGUUGAUAUCGCAAAUUUUCUCGGAGUUGUCGAAGCUCUGAAAGGCGCGAAAAGUGUUAAAUUACUUGUUGUAACAAGCUAUAAAGGUUUAGGUGAUCGUGGACAAGGUAUUCAGAAACUAGCACGUAUUUUAAUCAAUAUGAUACUUCAAAUAGAAGAUAAACUUCGUAGUAUAUGCUAUGUCUUUACAAAAUAUCCUGAAAUAAACAUCAAUACAUUGUUAACAGAUAUUAAAAAAUGUACUGUAGACACCGAAAAUUCAAGUGUCCGAUCCGAUAGUGCCUUUGCAGCUGUUUUAACAGAUAUGAUAGAAAAAACUGAAAAACAUGCUUUUAAUAUUCACCCUGUUCAUGACAAUCCAAAAGAAUUAUUAAGAAAAUUAAUACAUAUGAAAGGUAUUCAAUAUCCCGAAGAAGUUUUUUGCUUCUCUAUGAGUGAAGAAACACGAACUAAUAUUGACAAACAUGUACAGAGAGAUCGACUUGGUGUAAAUUAUGCAAUAAAACACAAAGAUAUUCAGCUUCUAUUGUACUAUCUAAACGAUUUAAAGAUGUUAAAAGAUUUAAUCAAGAAAUAUGAUGCUCCAGAAACUUAUGACCAAUCGGUACGUUUGAUCAGUGAAACGAUUAGUCACUAUUGCACAGAAGAAAAAGAGAAAUUUCGUCGUAUUUUGAUUAGUCGUGAUGGCUUAAGAGAAGAUGACAUUCGAGAGUAUCACAUUUGUAUUGAAUACCUUAGAGAAAUUCAAAUCCUAAAAGAACAUUUAGGAUCAUCAUUAUUAUCACCAGAAGUCUUAAUGCAAUUCAUAAGUGUUCACCUUGAAGAAAGAAGACAUCUUUUAGAAAAUGAAGAUUUAGACAGUUCAUUAAUUGAAAUCUAUUUGAAUAAUUUUCGUUUGUUGAAAACUUUAUUUGACGAACUCGAAAUUGAUUAUCAUAAUCGAUGUAAAGAAUUCGAAAAACGCUUUGAUGAACUUGUCGAAUCUGCACGUGAGCCUAUUCUAUCAAAUGAUUUCAAACGCGUUGUAGAACUCUUUACUAAAAUCUCGAAAGCUGUUCAAAGUCUUAAAAAUCAUUUAAAUCAACGAAUCGUCGAAACAUAUCAUCAAAUUGUUGAAUUGUUUUUGCGUCAUCUGAACAAUUUUUCAACUCAAACAGAUCUAAUUUUAGUUAAAAUUCGAUUAACUCAGGAGGAUGUUGACGUUCUUAGCACAUUUAUGGAAAUCUUGAGAUCAGCGAAAGAAAGUUAUGCACUUCGAGAAUUUGUUUCGAUAUAUCUAACAUCGUUUGAAAGAGACAGUAAUGAUUUAAAUGCGAUCUAUGAUGAAUUUCUCGGGAAAAUUCGAAAAUAUUUUGAGGAAAUUAUCAUUCGAAUUGACAAAUUCUUGGAAACAAAUGAUGAGCACUUUUUAGAAGAGACACAGAAAUUAAUUGAAGAUAUGAAUCUUAUUCGUUCAAUUCCCGAACUUGAAUCAAUCACCGCUAAUGCAUAUUAUCGUACUGUUGAAAAAAUACGCAGUUAUGUGGAUCAAACCGAAAGAAAUAUCGAGCAAUUACUGAGUAACAUCGAUCACCAAUCAGAAAAUAUGAAUUCUAAACAACUUGUACGAUCAAUAACACGUUUAAAGAAUACACAAUGGGUUAACAGUAUUAGUCCUGGUACAUAUAAUUCAAUAAUGAAACGUCUUACCGAAGAAUUAGUAGAACAUAGUUCACAAUUAGAAGGCUGUUUGAGAAAACUCGAUUUAACUUUAAAAUGCCCGGAAAAUGUCUCGAAAGCAGAAGAAAUCAUCGAGAAAAAUUUGUCUCUAAGCAUUUUAGAACAACAUUUUCCUGAAAUUGAAGUUUAUCGUAGAAAUAUUUGCGAAUAUUUUCUCCAAUGUGUACGAGUAGUUUUUGAUCAUAUUGAAAGAGAUUUGAAUUUCGUCAACAAUAAAGAUUAUCGACAAGAUCAAAACUUCAAGCAAAUCAAAGAAUCACAGAAGCCUUUGGAUCCACUCUCGGCCGAUUUUGAUGAAGACGAAUCGAAAGAAUUAGAAAUUGUCAAAUCGAGGAAACAAGAAGCGACCGAUCAAUUAAGAGAUUUACAUUUACAUCUUGAAACGUAUGAUAAAAUCGUACCGAGUAAAACAAGAACGAAAUUUCUAGGUCUUUUUAAGACAUCAAAUGAGAAAAAAAGUAUUCCAGAACUUGAAUUUUUCAAAUCGAUCGGUUUUGAAAAUAUCGAAAGUUUAAAAGGAAAAAUUACGAAACUUCAAAAUGAACUUCGAAAACUCGAUGAAAAAGAAACUAUUUUACAUAAGUCUCUAACGUCUCUCCGUUCGAGUUUAUCAUCAUCGUUCACUGAACAUGAAAAAAACUUUCCACUGUACAAAUUUAAUGAUCGAUUGCGUUUAUCUCUACUGAAUAAUGCAUUACUGUAUGUGAAAUCUUGUGAACAAAUUCGCUCCGAUUAUGUCAAAGAACUCGUCGUGAGGAUCAAUCAAAUCUUGGUGAAUUAUUUACGUGAAUAUAAUUGUGAACUCGACGAGAAAACCAAAGAAAGUUUUGAGGAAACGAUUCGUAUGAAUGACGUUUAUGAAGAAAAUUAUUCUCGAUAUUCUCAAAGUUUAGAAAUCAAUCUAGAUGAGUUAUCUUCUCUUGAAAAAUUGCCAAAUAUUUUUCAAUAUCUCGAUGGCAAACAGAAAAUUCAACAUUGGCAACAAACAUUUAUCAAUUAUUAUCGCCUGAUCAAGAAUCAACUUGAAGAUUACAAAAUUUCCGAUAAAAAUAAACAAUUAAGACAACAAUUACUUAUCGUACAAACAUUAAGUUGUGUCGAUCGUUUUUGUGGAAGAGAAUUCGAAAGUAAUGGAUACGGAGUUUUAUAUCGACAAUAUCAUGUCGAUUUAGUUAAAGAUUGUAGAGAAUCUUAUAAAGUUGUAUUAGAAUACAUCGAAACAGGGGAUUAUGCAAAUGUUGAUUUACAGUUAUCUCAUAUUGAUGAUAAACUUAUGAAUUCAAAAGAUUUUGAUCAAAUUAAACAUAAUUUACAGUACUCCUUAAGUAAAUUAAUGAAUGAGAUUGAAAUUCUGACGGGUACUUUAGAUGAGAAAAUUGAACGAGAAGGAAAUAAAUUCGAGAAAAUCCAAGAAAUCAAAGCCAAUCUUGAUAAAAUUCGUCACAUUUUAAAGAAACAUGAUAUUAUGAAAUUAAUCGAUAAAGAAAUUGAAAUUCGCUUGAAAAAUUUAGAACAUAAUAAUAAUAAGAUUCUCUCAGCAAUUUUCUUAAUCUAUCUCGAAUCGAUCGAAGCUUAUAUAGAGGCGGAAUGUUUUAUUGAAGCUGAACAAAGUAUGGAAUUAUUCAAUCGAAUACUACGUGACUUAAAUGGCUAUUACAAAUCCGAUGAAAUUUUCCAAAAAUCGAAAGAAUUAAAUGUGCGAUUACAAAACAUUGUUGCCGAAAUCUUAAGUCAAAACGACUUUACAGAAAUUCACAAUUAUUCAAUCAAUCCACCGAAACAUAUUCUUGCUAAAUUAGAAAUUGUCGCUUCAAAAUGUGGCAAAAAAUAUCACAAAGCUUACACUUCGAUGUUAGACAAACUUGCCAAACAUUGGACUUCUGCUAUGAAAAACGCACGUGCUCUAUGUCUAGACGACCGAAUUGCAAAAAUACAUUCAUUCAAAUAUGCAUUACAAUUUCUACCUGACGGUUUACAAAAUUCAUUUCAAUCACAGAUCGAUGACUUGAUUGCAGAGAGUACCAAUGAAGAAAAUCGUUAUAAACAAGAACUACAAACAUGCAUUUCGAAUACAGAUAGAAGUGUACGUAGUAUUCUUAAAAUGCGAGAAUUGAUUGAAAAAUUGUGUAAACAAAAAUUGAAUGAACUCCUCAAUCAACUAUGUGAACAUUGUCUAAGUCAUGUUCAUAUGGAUCGAAUCGAUGUCGAAAAUUAUCUAGAAAAACAAGAUAUUCGACGUGCUUGCGAAUCGAUUGAGAAGAUUUAUGAAUACAAAGAACAUCUCGGUGUUUAUAUUCUUGAAAUCGAAGGCAUCUCUCUCAAAGUUCGACACUUGUUAAUCCGUACGUUUUUAAAUUCUUGUGAAAUUCUAGCGAAUGUUGAUUCCAUUGAACAAACCGAAAAAGUUGCAAAAGCAUUUUCUGAUAUUCUCCUGUAUCUUGAUUUCUCGACAUUCAAUCUUAAAAUCGAAGUCUUAUUUGCAGAAGAGACUUUAAUUACUGCUCGAGAAGAUUUUGAGAAAAUGUUGGAAUAUUUUCAUAGAAAUUCGAAAACAUUUUCGAUCGCACUUCAUGAUCUGAAUAUGAAUGACUUGCAUAAAGCGAUGUUUAUUGCGAAGAAGUGGGAUUUAGUUUUAAUGCAAAUUGUCACUUGCCGAUCGAAACAUCACUUAAUCGAGAAUUUCUCGAAAAACAUGAAAACAAGUCUUUCGUAUACAAAUAUGAUUUGCGAAUUGGAAAAAUUAGUUCAAAAUUUCAUUUUUCAAGUCAAUGUUGAAUUCAUUAACGAUGAUACAAAGAAAUUUGAAGUCAAACGUGAUGAAUUAUUUAACCAUAUGAAAAAAGCCUUGAAUACAUUAAAAUUAAUCGAUUCGAAAUUUCGAGAUAUGGUACCAUUGACAUUUGACAUUGAAAGAUUAGAAGAAAGUCUGCAGAUAAAAGUCAACAUGUUGAUUACUCAACUUUUAAACACAACAUCGAAAGAUGAACUUUCGACAAAACAUUCCAAUGACUUUCGAAUCUACUACACUCAUCUUGUCUCACUUGAUAAACACUUCAAUAUUUGCGAAAAUCGUAUUCGACAUGCGUUAGACUCUGUUGAGGAGAAAAUUUUCGAACAAGUUUGUUCGCUCCGAAAACAGAUAACAUCAAGGGAUGUUUCGAUUGAAGAAAUUUCGAAAAUCUUAAUCGAAAUGAAAUUGUAUGCAGAAAAUCUACCGAUGUUUAAUAUGAAAAUCAAUGCUGAAAUCGAUGAAGCUUUGAAAAUCUAUAAAGAUAAGCAAGGAAUGUUAGGUAUCGUGAAAAUGGUUGUAGAAUUGGAAAAAUCUGAUACAGGAACGAGAUUGAUGAGUGAACAUUCUUGUUUAACGGGAGAAGAUUGGAAAAGACGACGUGACAAAAUGCAAAAUCAAGAUGACAUUGAAUAUAUUUUAAAUCGAUUAACUGGAGAUGAAAUUUCCGUAGAUGUUUUACGUUCGCGUUAUAAAACUUUUAGAAAAAUCUAUGAUGAAUUAAUAUCUACUAAUUUAAAAAUAUUAGAUUCAGGUUCAAGUAAGGAUAUCGAUAUAUCAAAGUUAGUUACACAAAUUAAAUAUAUUAUUGGAACAGUAACUCAUACACCGAAGUCGAUUACAUGGGAUCGAGCUUUGGCACAAGAAAUACCCGAACUUUUAGCAUAUAUUUUCGCGAUUUGGACUUUACAAAAUACUGAGCAUUAUAAUGCAAUGCGCGGCAUUGAAUUAUCACAAUCUUAUUUAUUGAUUCCACACGUCGGACAAGUGAUUGCUAUUUUUCGUCUUCUAGGAAUCGGAUAUGACACACGUGGAACAAGUUUCAGUUUAGAUUUCGCAUCAAAGGGGAAAACUGCGAAUGAUUUGGUUAAUAAUCUAGUCGAAAUAGGAACAGGCGAAGGGAAAUCUGUUGUUUUAGCCAUAACUUCAUGUAUUUUUGCUUUGAUUGGAAUCGAUGUGAAUUGUUCAUGUUAUAGUGAAGUUUUAAGUAAUCGAGAUAAGAAUGAUUUUCGAUUGGUAUUUCGAGCACUUGGAAUAGAAGAUCGCAUUCAAUAUGGCACAUUUAAUAAAUUAUGUGAACAAUUUUUAAAUGAACAAUGUAAUAUACGAGAAAAAGUUCAUGAUUUGAUUGUAAAAAAUCAAAAUGUAUUGGCAAAAGUUGAUACAAGAGAACGUCUACGUCCGAAAGUAUUGCUAAUUGAUGAAGUUGAUGUAUUUCUAAGUGAUCGUUUUUACGGCGGAAUGUAUACACCUUCAAUAGUUUUAAAAGAUCCGUCAAUAAAGGGCUUAUUAGAUUCAAUUUGGAAACAUAAGGAUGAAUUAAGAACAUUGAAUAGUGUAAAAGCUCUAACACCGUAUAGAAAUUGUGCUACUCGAUAUAGUAAUUGGAUUUUUCUUUUCGAUGAAGCAAUCAAAGAUAUGUUAGUUGCUUUACAAUCAUAUCAAUUUUCAACGUAUAUCGUACGAGAUGAUAAGAUUAGUUAUGUUGAAGGUGAAUCAGUUGUCGAUAAUGUCAUUCGCGGUUAUGAUACAGUCUGGGCAUAUUAUCAUGAAAAUGAAAAAGGAAAAAUUAGUCAUAGCAGUCUGAAAAUGAACGUAGGGAUUAUUGUUAAUUGUGGGACAUUUUCUUAUGCUGAAAUGCCUCACGAUUUUGCUUAUAUUGCAGGUGUUACAGGUACUUUGAAAACACUUGCUAAAUCAGAAAAACGUGUAUUAGAAAAUGUAUAUCAUAUACACAAAAAUACGUAUACGCCGUCAGUUUUUGGAAAGAAUAAUCGUGUUUAUGAAUCGACGAGUGAUGUACAUGUAGUGGAAGAAUCCGAGUAUUUUAAGAGAAUCCGUCUAGAAAUUGAUACCAUUUGUGGAGCUGAUCGUGCCAUUCUCGUAUUUUUUGAAUCGGAAGACAAAUUAAUGGCAUUUUGGAAUUCUCCGGAGUUAUCUUCAAUAAAAAGAGAUGUAGAAACUAUAACGGAAAAGAGUUCUGUUCGAGAAAGAGACUUCGGUAUCAGAAAAGCAUCAACUGUUGGCAAAGUGACUUUAUUUACACGAACAUUUGGACGAGGAACAGAUUUUAUAUGUCAUGAUCCGAAACUUUUAACCAAUGGAGGUAUUCAUGUACUUCAAACAUUUUUCUCCCGAGAAUUAUCCGAAGAAUAUCAAAUCAUUGGAAGAGGUGCGCGACAUGGUGAUCGAGGUUCAUAUCGAAUGAUUUUAUUAGAUAAAGAUUUAGAAUGGGUUCUUGGUUCGACUUGGAAGACAGAACUUUCGAAAAUUUCCAACUUGAAACUUUAUGAGACUAUUAAUAAUGCUCGGCAUUUAAUUUAUGAAAGUGCAUGUAGUGCAAAGGAUUUCGGUCUAGAUCAAUGCAAAUGUGAUCAUCAAGCUUCAAAAGAUUUCAUGAAUGCACUAUGUAAAGGAAGUAUUAAAUCGAUCAAAACAUUCUUAACUGAACAUAAUAAAGGCGCAAACAUUGCUAGAGAGUUAUCACGAACAGUUGUACUCAUGGAUGCCACAGGUUCGAUGUCUGGCUUAUUGUCGGCUGCUAAAGAAACGGUUUGCACAAUGUUUGAACGGGCUUCAACGAUUUUAAAAGAGAAAGACUUACCUACUGAUGUAUUUCAAAUGCAAUUUGUAGUUUAUAGAGAUUAUGAUUGUAGAGAAGACGGAAUUCUUCAGAGUUCGUCUUGGGAAACGAAGCCUCAAAAUUUGAGAAAUUUUAUGGCAGGAAUUACCGCGAAGGGUGGAGGUGACUUUGAAGAAGCGAUCGAAAUUGGAUUAUGGCAUGCUGUUCAAGAAGGCGAUACUAUAGAGUCAAUUGCGCAAGUUAUUCUGAUAGGUGAUGCCCCUGCAAAAGAGAGAGAAGCAAUUGAAAGAGAUCGAGAUGAGAGUGGCGGAGAAUAUUAUUGGAUGAACACAAAAUUCAAAGAGCCAACUCAUUUUAGUAUCGAGUUAGACAAGUUAAAAGAGAAAAAUAUUCCAGUUCAUGCUUUUUAUCUUGUCGAUGCCGCACGAGAAAAUUUUGAAAGAAUUGCACGAGAGAGUAAAGGGCGCUGUCAACAGCUAAAUAUCCAUUCUCCGAAGGGCGCUGAGUUACUGACGGAUUUUGUAACAGAAGAAGUUCUUAGAAAAGCAGCUGGAAGUCAAGGAGAUGCUGCAGUUGAAUUGUAUCGAAAGAAAUAUGUGAAAAAAACGUUUUUAUCUUAA